AUGGUCCCCAAGACCAAUGAGGUACCAGUGACCUUCGAGGACGUCGCUGUCUACCUGAGCCGUGCCGAGUGGGAGGCCAUCACAGAGGAGCAGCAGGAGCUCUACCGCAGCGUCAUGCUGGACAUCUACGAGCUCCUGACAUCCCUGGGCAUCCAGGCAGAGCCCAUGGUGAGAACCAAGGACGAGGUGUUUGGUGGGCACCACUGGAGCUUCCAGCACAAGGACGUGUCCCAAGAGCCCACUGCCUAUGACAAGCAGAGGCCCAAGGAGGAGGUGAGAGCAGCAGUGGCAGAGCAAAUGGAGAGCCAGGGAGCUUUGUCCUCAGGGGAUUCCCUCAGCCCCCAGCCCCACAAUCCUCAGCACCAGGAUCUCUGCCUGGAGAAGGUGCUGGCUCCGGUGUCAAGUGGUUGGCAGAUCCCUCCCUCUGGCUGCAGGACAGGCACCGCCCAAAAACGUGUGGCCAAACGUCCCUUUGCUUGCAGUGAGUGUGGGAAGAGCUUCACCAGGAAGGACGACUUGAUCCAGCACCAGCACAUGCACACUGGGAUGAAGCCUUAUGUCUGCCCUGGGUGUGGCAAGAGCUUCAGGUACAAAGUCAGCCUGGUCAAUCACCAGCGCAUCCACACGGGCGAGCAGCCCUUUGUCUGCCCAGAAUGUGGCAAGGGUUUCACCUACAAAGGCAGCCUGGUCAUCCACCAGCGCAUCCACACUGGCGAGAAGCCCUUUGAAUGCCCCAAGUGUGGCAAGAGCUUCAACCAAAAAAGCACCCUGGUCAUGCACCAGCGCAUCCACAACAGUGUGAAGCCCUUUCUCUGUGCUGAGUGUGGCAAGAGCUUCACCCAGAAAGGCCACUUCAUCUCCCACCAGCGUAUCCACACCGGUGAGAAACCCUAUCUCUGCACAGAGUGCGGCAAGAGCUUCACCUACAAAAGCAACCUGGAUAUCCACCAGGUCAUCCACAGCAGGGAGAAGCCCUUUACCUGCCACGAGUGUGGCAAGAGCUUCACCCGCAAAUGUCGCUUUGUCACCCACCAGCACACCCAUGCCACCAAACUUCCCUUGGCCUGCAGUAAGUGUGGGAAGAGCUUCAGCAAGGAGGGUGACCUGACUGGGCACCAGCACCUCCACACUGGGCUGAAGCCUUUUGCCUGCACUGAGUGCAGCAAGAGAUUCAAGCACAAAGUCAGCCUGGUCUACCACCAGCACAUCCACACUGGCAAGAAGCCUUUUGGCUGCACUGAGUGUGGCAAGAGGUUCAACCACAAAGUCAGCCUGGUCACCCACCAGCGCAUCCACACAGGCAAGGAUCCCUUUUUAUGCACCGAGUGUGGCAAGAAGUUCAACCACAAACUUACGGUCUCCCACCAGUGCAUCCACACCAGCGAGAAACCCUUCCCCUGCCCAGAGUGCAGCAAGAGCUUCAGCCGCAGUGCCACGCUGGCCAUUCACCAGCGCACCCACACUGGUGAGAAGCCCUUUGCCUGCAGUGAGUGUGGCAAGAGCUUCAGCCGCAACGCCACCCUGGUUAUUCACCAAUGUACCCACACGGGUGAAAAGCCCUUUGCCUGCAGGGAGUGUGACAAGUGAUUCAGCCGCAACAACCAGCUGGUCUACCACCAGUGCCGCCACACCGGCGAGAAGCCCUUCAGCUGCACCGAGUGUGGCAAGAGCUUCAUCCGCAGCCAUGCCCUGGUCAAGCACCGGCGCAUCGACACUGGCGAGAAGUCCUUUGCAUGCGGCGAUUGCGGGAAGAGCUUCUGCCAGAACUUCAGCCACUUGACACAGCACCAGAAAAGCUACACCAGGGAGAAGCGCUUCACCUGCAGCGAGUGUGGCAAGAAAUUCAGCUCCAAAGGCAACGUUAACAAACACCAUCUCACCCACACUGGCGAGAAGCCCUUCACCUGCAGCCAGUGCGGCAAGAGCUUCAGCUGCAAUGCCACCCCUGAUCGUCACCAGCGCACCCACAGCGGAGAGAAGCCCUUUGCCUGCAGUGGGUGCAGCAAGAGAUUCAUCUGCAAACGCAGCCUGGUCUCCUACCAGCGUGUCCACAUCAGCAAGAAGCCUUUCACCUGCCCAGACUGUGGCAAGAGUUUCACCCAAAAAAGUCACUUUGUCACCCACACCAGUGAGUGA